GCCACCUUGUGGCAUCUUCUAAUGCCAAUGGGUGUAUUUGGUUUGGAAGUACAUCCUGACAUAUAACGCCUAGGUGCAUUACAGAGGGUGAUGUUAUUGUUUUUACGAAGCUGAUGAAAAUAUGCAUAAUUAUGUUUAUUAAAAGGAGCGUGAUAAGCGCUUGAACACUGCGGUUAUUUGAUUGGCCGACCGAGCUGUCAGUCGUCUUUAAUGGAAUCGGCACAUUGUCGCUCCUGCCUUAUUUCUACGCAGGUACGGAGAACGGGUGGGCUUGUCUGUAUUUGCAGAUAGAGUGUCGCCAAGACGGGCUUGCACAACCCAGGAAAGCAUACGGUAGUUUUAUCUGAGAGGGAGACGGGUUACAGACAAAAAGCAGUCAUCGCAGUCAUGAAACCAUAAACCAGGUCGCAAGCCAGCGAGCAUCGGACUGCAGGAACUCCGCUUUCAUUACAGGUCUGCUGUCUGUUUAUCUCCCGGAUUAAAUCUCCAGCAUCCCUGAAUCCCACGACACAUCGAAUACCUGAAGUUAAAUUAAAGGAUAAGAAUUGCAACCGCUGGAGGGAGGAGGGGCGGCCAGCCUAAUGAUGAACAGGUUCCGAAAGUGGCUUUACAAGCCCAAGAGAUCGGAUCCGCAGCUCCUGGCCCAGUUCUACUACGCGGACGAGGAGCUGAACCAGGUGGCGAUGGAGCUGGACAGCUUGGACGGCAGGAAGGACCCCCAGAGAUGCACCCUCCUGGUCAACCAGUUCCGCUCCUGUCAGGACAAUGUGCUUGGCAUCAUCAAUCAGAUCAUGGAUGAAUGUAUCCCAGACGACCGGGCCAACAGGGAUUUCUGCGUCAAGUUUCCUGAGGAGAUCAGACACGACAACCUGGCGGGACAACUGUGGUUUGGGGCUGAGUGCCUGGCUGCCGGGUCCAUCAUCAUGAACCGUGAGGUGGAGAGCAUGGCCAUGCGGCCGCUGGCCAAGGAGCUGACGCGCAGCCUGGAGGAGGUGCGCAACAUCGUCCGGGACCAGGCUCUGCGCGACCUCAACCUCUACACCGACCGCAUGUGCGAUGCUCUGCGCCACUUCGACAGCCUCUUUGCCGAAUUCGAGCUCAGCUACGUGUCGGCCAUGGUGCCAGUGAAGUCCCCCAAGGAGUACUACGUCCAGCAGGAGGUGAUCGUGCUCUUCUGUGAGACAGUGGAGAGGGCGCUGAAGCAGGGCUACCUCACGCAGGAUAUGAUCGACGACUACGAACCCGCCCUGAUGUUUACCAUCCCCAGACUGGCAAUCGUUUGCGGCCUGGUGGUGUACUCCGAGGGACCUAUCGACCUGAGCCGCAAGCCCGAGGACAUGUCCGAGCUCUUCCAACCGUUCCGCUCCCUGCUGAGAAAGAUCCGGGACCUCCUGCAGACCCUGACUGAGGAGGAGCUUCAGACCUUGGAGCGAAGUCUCUGCGUCUCCCAGGAAGACGGAAUCGUCCCCCCCAGCCCCGCUGCCAUUCUGCCCUCCGACACGCCCCCCAGAGCCUCCGGAGAGCCCCCACAGCCUCAGGACAAAGAGAUGGCGGGGGGCCCGUGCCCACAGGGGGCUGAGGAAGACGACGAUGACUGGCUGACGCUGGUCCUGGGAGACGACCUGGACGGGGACCUGGCGUGCUCCAUGCAGUAUGAUGAGCAGGAGCUGCAGGAGCUCAACAUGAUGGUGCAUCGCGUGGGUGAUGAGAUGUCCACCCUGCUGUCACCCCCUAGCCAGGCACCCUCCCCCGCUCAUGCCGGCAGGGCCCGCCCAAGCUCCAGCGCCGAGAGUUCACCAUGCCGAGGGCCCGGUUCUGGUUGGAGGAUGGGGUCAGCGGGCCCCGAACAGGAUGAGGAUGGACGUGUGUUCUUCAUGGAUGACCUGGAUGGGGCGGGGGAGGCGCUGGCGGGGGCGGAGCAGUCGUGCCGUGCCUCUUGUGGGGGCGACCCCCGAGUGCCACGGACUGGGCCCCCGCCUGCUUCCCUCCAGAACGGCUGGUCAAAAGAGCAUGUAGUGGAGGCCCUCCAGUGCGCCAGCAGCUCCCGGGGCCCCGCCUGCAAACCCUGCGCAUCCGGGAGCACGGACCCCCCCACCUACGUCGGGAGCUGGGACGCGAGCGCGGAUGACGCCGAGACGGCGGAGCUGAUCGCCCACCGCACCGGGGGCAUGAAGCUGUCCUCCACGGUAAUCUUCAACCCCCGCUGCCCCGGGCUGGCCGGGCAGGCUGGCGAGGAGGCCGCUGACAAGCUGCUGGUGCUGGAAGGGGAGCACUGCCCCGGCUUGGCUGCCCACAACAAGCUGGGAGGCCUGGUGACCACGCACUGUCUGCUCAACUCCUGCGUGUGCUGCGGCAGCUGCGAGGACCCCGGUGAGCCCGGCCUUGAUAAGGGGCGCCACGCCCCCCCCAGCCCCGUGGUGCAUGCCUCCGGUUGCCUGGCACCCAGCAAGGAUCUUCCUGGGAAGGGCGGCAGCCCAGGCUGCUCAUCCCACAGUGCCCCCCUGUGUGCAGAAGGCCUGGUCCCCCCGGGCUCCUGUGAGAAGUGCCUGAAUUUGGCCGCUGGGCCAGCGGUACCUGACUUGCAGGGCGGAGGCCCCAGUUACCCAAAGAGAACUGAGAGACCAAGGCAGGAGAGGAGGGUGGAGGUGGGGAAGGUGGGGCCUGGAAGACCCACGGUGGAGGUGGAUGGCAGGACUAGCACAAGAGCCCGGUCCAGCUCCGAAGGCUCCCAGCACAGCUCGUUGUGCAGCAGCGAUGGGGAAAGCGUGUCCGUCGUCACAUGCACCCUGGCCAGCGCAUAUGCACACAGCUCACUCAGGAGCCUGACCCCAAGCUCUGCUGCGUCCGAGGACUUGGACGACCACGAGAUCCAGCUGGCCUUGCAGGCUGCCAAGAUGGCUGCCCGGGACAGGAUCCGCUCCCGUUUCCACAGCAGCAGUGACCUUAUUCAUCGCCUCUUUGUCUGCAUCUCAGGUGUCGCUGACCAGCUGCAAAGCAACUAUGCCAGCGACCUGCGGAGCAUCUUGAAGACGCUGUUUGAAGUCAUGGCAACGAAGCCAGAGCUGGAGGACAACGACAAAUCAAAAAAAGCUCCCGGUCUACGCAGUGCCGUUCUGGAUGAUUGUGCCUUGUGUCAGGAGACCGUUUCCUCUGCCGAGCUGGCGGCCAAGGCUCGAGAGGGUCAGUUUGAGGAUCUGCCAGACUGGGUCCCAGACGAAGCCUGCAGCUACUGCACCACCUGCAAGGCUCCCUUCACAGUGAUCCGCAGGAAGCACCACUGCAGGAGCUGCGGACAGAUCUUCUGCUCCCGCUGCUCCUCCCACUCGGCCCCCCUCCCUCGGUACGGUCAGAUGAAGCCGGUACGCGUCUGCACGCACUGCUACAUGUUCCACGUCACACCUUUCUACAGCGACAGGACAGGCGUCUGACUGCUAAGGUCGGACGGCAGCCCUCUGGGAGACCACAGCAUCCAGUGCGCACUUCCUGGGAGCGAAAAGAAUAAUCGGAAGUGAAAGGAGAACGUGUUCUGGAUGAAAACUAAGGCACAUCAGGCCCGCAGCCCUACCCACAAAGUCUGUUCCCAUUCACAUUUUAAAGUGCGGAAUUCUCUUACAGAUUUUUGUCUGUAUGCGUUGAUUUAAACACCGACAGACAUUUCUGUCACUGCUACAGUUACAGAUUGGGGACUUCCUCAUGGCCAAUAUCAGCCUCUAACAACACGUAUCGUCUGAAUGUUAACACUGAGAAUUUUUGCAGUGGAUCUGUACUUGUCGAGCAGUGAGUGAGUGAUCUGUGGUGAGCAUUGCUGAUUGGGCAUGGCCGCAGCCUGUGGACCGGCCCCAGCCCCAGAAAUGGCCUGCUGACCCCUUGAAGCACACUGCCUGUGAGCUACUCCUGCUUCAUUUGCCGAAAUGUGCUUCACUGUGCUUGUUUAGGAACUUUGACAGCUGUUUACUCAGAAGGCCUCCUACUCUGAGGGCUGUAGAUGGCUGUACAAACCACAUUUAGUCUGGGCUGAAAUUUGACUAAUUCUGCUGACCCCCCCCAAAACAAUCCCUUAACUCUUGUUGGAGUAAUAAUGGUCACUAUCAUAUGCUUGUAAGUUGCUUACAAGACUAAGCAGUGCUGGGGCUGAGGCUGGGGGGUGGGGGUGGUUGACAUGGUGAGUCUCAGCUGGAGUAACUGUGCCAGAAAACACGCUGAUCUUAUGGUCUUAGUGUAAGGCUUAUGUAGGGUGGACACCACUGGGAGACACGCCUUACCAGUACCGAGAAUCUCCCCGUGUUUGGAGGACCGUGGAUGUGGAUGAGGAUGUGGGUGUUUGUUGUUUUAAAGGAACAUGCUCACCUAGCGCGUGCCCCGUGGACUCCAGCACAGGCUGUUCAGUAGCUGGACGGCAAGCCAGCUUUAAGUAGUAAUCAGCAUGCUCAGUUAGAUGGAAGAAAUGGUUCAAACGUGUCCAGGAGAAGCUGAGUACAGAUUCCUUCUUGUGGGAUGUGACCAUUCUGUUCUGUCUAGUUUGGUGUCAGUCUUGAUGUUGGGUGACACUUUUGGCAGUGGUCAGGGUUGGAAUGUCACUCAGAACUUCCCUCCUGGCCCUAGGAAGUCCAUGACUUUUUGCAUUUUAUUUUUAUUUAUUGUUUAACACCUUUUUCUGUGCUCUCUGCUAGCACAGAGUGUUAACAUGUACUGGUAAUAGAACUGCGUGUACCUUCAUUGUAAUGAGUGAAAUCAGGCCUGGCAAAUGAUUUCGUUAUGUUAUCAGAUCCCCUGCACAGGAAACAUACAGUUUUGGCCACUGAUCAUCAUAUCAACUUCAAUAAUAUAAAAGCACAAGCGAGACAAUGUCAUACCUCAGUCCGGAGGCGUGCUGCCUCUCUCAGGUGAACCUGUUACCUGUGAAUUCAACAGGGCCUCAGAAACCCCCCCCCCCCCAAAAAAAAAAACCCACUGCAGAUGUUGCUUCCCAGCCCCCAACCCCAAAGGGCUUCCUUGGUCCUGCACAACCUUUGCUGUUGGGUCCUGGCCCAGUCCCUGGGAUUGGGGUUACUGGGAGAGUUGGAUGAACACGGCUGACUUCUCCUCUGCUUGCCUGGAAUAUUACUUGCCUUUAAUGCUGGUCACAGGCCUCAUACAGUCUUCCAUGUUGGAUUUCAUGCUGGCACAAACAUGCUGAGACUGACGACACAUUGGACUGGUAGGCGGCUGUAAGAUAUGUGUCUGAGCUCCACUAGGAAGAGGGACCCCAGCCUGGGGGUGUUGGCAUGUAUGCUUCCAGAACCUGUGGACUACAGUCAACUAGGGAACCUGAGCCCGUUCACUGUAGGUCCUUACAUAUGUGACUGUCGUUACCCAUAAUGCACUUGUCUGCUACUUCAUCUGCAUAUGGAAGAAUAUGAUCAUACAGGUUUAACACAAUCGCCAAACCGCAUCCUGAGAAUGUAAAUUAGUGGAAAUAUUAUGAAUUAGAGGAGCAUCUGGAUAUGUGUAAAAAGGCUAGAAAGGACAUGUUUGGGCCUCAUUGAUAUUUCCAGACUGUCUUGUUUCAAUGACUGUAACCAACGCCAAUUCUCUUUCAAGUUUUAGCUUAAUCUCAGGCUUCAUGUUGCUAAGAAUGCUACUUUUAUUUUUGAUUAAAAACCUUUCAGGAAAAAAAAUGCUUUUAUAAUGAACACAAUGCAAAGUAUCAUGUAAAUUUAUUACUACUCUCUGUAUAAACAAAACCAUAUUUAAAUAACUGGAUACUAUUUAUUCAAAGCUUGUGGUUAUUUUUAAAUGCUGGUUUUUCUUUCCAUGAGAACUAUAUGCUAUCAUCUUAAUUUUAAUUCUUCAUUAGUUUUUAAUUUCUCAUAAAUGCAAUAAAUGCCAAUUUUCCUCUUCCAAUAAAAGAUUCAAUAUU